AUGGUGAUUGCCAUGGUCGGAGCGGUGAUAACACCAUCUACCUCGGCGAACCCCUCCGCGGGCAUGGACCCCGUAUUGUGGCGGUUCAUGUGCGAUAAAGUGUUUGCCAACAUAUUGACACAGAGCAAGGAGUGGACUAGCCAGCGGCGCACCAAAAUGUUCGACAACGUCGCGUUCCCGGCGCAAGAAGACCCUUUUCGUGUGGAGUUGUCUUUGGACGAGCCCAAGUCCAUGGCAAUCGUUAUCCGCAACACAGCCUCGAAGAAGCAAUGGGAGUGCCAAGUCUGGAAGACCACCAACGAUGUCUCGCACACGAUUAUACCGUCUCUGCAGAAAGCUCUGGCGACUGCUGGCACCACCCUCGCUUCCCCCGAGUGCACUGUGGACCUCUUACCCAGCGACAAGGCAAAGUGCAACUUGCAGCUUCAGUUGACCACACCACGCACAGAAGUGGUGUUUGAGAUGACCCCCAUGCGAUCUGUCGUAGCCGACCGCCUGCAACAACUACGCUCGGGCGUGGACGCACUGUGCAAUGAAUAUGUGCUGCAAUGGCGAGUCCAAGCUGCGACGAAGCGGAUGCCACUCGCAACGACUGGCCAGGUCCAACUACCGGGGGGCUCUCUAAAAUGUGACAAGGGGCCAAGAAGCCGCAGACGGCUAAGUCUAUACAUGUUGGCUGGCGUGUCGCUGCUGUGCAGUUUUGGGGGUGGGGUGGCGUUGGGGCUUGCAAUUGCCCCAGAGAAGGGCGCCCCCCCAGUUGGGGUUCGAGUGACAAUGACAUCGGGCGACGGACAGUCGGGGUAUUCCGUCGAGUUGACUUCCAAGGAUGUGCAAUCCUUGUCGACGGGUCAGAAGUGCCUUGGUAGUUUGGAGAGCACCGAACGACUAGCACCGGCCGAGUGA